AUGUCAGAAGCUUCAGAUGAAUCUGAUUACCUUUCUGAAGGCUCGAGCUAUAAUGAAGAAUUCAGCUCAGAAAAGGUGCAAAAGACAAAGCAACAAAAGAAACAACCACUAACAGACACGUCCUUAAACUCUUCUGCCAACGCGUCAACAAAUUCAACUGCAAAAACCUCCAAUGCUUCCGAGACUUAUCAAAAACUUUCUCAGUUGGAGCAUAUUUUAAAGAGACCCGAUACUUAUAUUGGCUCUGUUGAAAAGACCAAAAUGGAAAUGUGGUGUUUUGAUUCGGAGUCGGAGUCAAUGAAGUAUCAGGAAGUCACAAUUGUUCCUGGGCUUUACAAAAUUUUUGAUGAGAUUCUAGUAAAUGCCGCUGAUAACAAGAUUAGAGACCCUUCGAUGAAGAAUAUCAAGGUGAGAAUCGAUCCUGAAAAUAACAUUAUCCAAGUGUUUAACGACGGUAAAGGUAUUCCAGUAGAGAUGCACACCAAGGAAAAAAUGUACAUCCCGGAAUUGAUCUUUGGUAACUUGUUGACAUCUUCGAAUUAUGACGAUGAUCAAAAGAAGGUUACUGGUGGUAGAAAUGGGUUUGGUGCCAAAUUGUGUAACAUCUUUUCCACCCAAUUCGAAGUAGAAACGGCUGAUUUGAACACUGGUAAAUUGUACAAACAAACUUGGACCGACAAUAUGACUAAAGUUGGCAAGCCAAAAAUUACUGCACUAAAGACCAAAAAGGAAUACACCAAGAUCACCUUCAAACCGGACUUGAGUAAAUUCGAAAUGGAUAGCUUGGAUGACGAUUUGUUAUCGGUUUUGCGACGAAGGGUGUACGAUCUAUGCGGUACUGUCAAGAGCUGUAACAUAUACCUCAAUGAUAAACGAUUAGCAGUUAACAGUUUCAAAAGCUAUGUGGAAAUGUACGUCAAAGCAAUAAAGGAAAGAUCUCCCGAGCCUGAAGGAGGAGACACAGCUGUUAUCAAAAACCACACCACAAUCGUGCAUGAAGUAUUCAACGACCGUUGGGAAGUGGCGUUUGCAGUCAGUGAUGGCACAUUCAACCAAGUAAGUUUCGUGAAUUCCAUCGCCACAACAGCUGGUGGCACCCAUGUCAAGUACGUUUCUGAUCAAAUCAUAACCAAAUUGAUUGAAACAUUGUCAAAAAAGGAAAAGGGUAAGAAAAAGUUGAUGAUUAAGCCAAACGAGGUGAGAGACAACAUGUUUAUCUUUAUCAACUGUCUCAUUGAGAACCCUGCAUUUACCUCGCAAACAAAAGAACAACUUACCACGAAAGUGUCUCAAUUUGGUGGUAAAGAAAAAUUUGUUGCUUCCGAUAACUUAAUCGGUCGUAUAUUGAAAACGGGGAUUGCUGAAAAGAUUCGUGACAUUGCCAAUGCCAAUGAAGACAAAGCCUUGCAAAAGGUGGAUGGAAGCAGGAAGCUGCGUAUCAAAGGUCAGGUUAACUUAGUUGAUGCAAAUAAAGCAGGUACAAAGGAUGGUCUAAAAUGUACCUUGAUUCUUACCGAAGGGUUAUCUGCUUUGAACUUGGCUGUGGCCGGGCUCACGGUUAUUGGGAGAGAUUAUUAUGGUUGUUUCCCCUUGCGAGGCAAAUUGCUAAACGUUCGUGAAGCAUCAGCCGAUCAAAUUGCGAAGAAUACCGAAAUCAAUUCGUUGAAACAGAUUAUCGGUCUUCAGCACAAAAAAGCAUACACAGCCGAAAAUAUUAAAUCGUUAAGAUAUGGUCAUAUAAUGAUCAUGACAGAUCAAGAUCAAGAUGGUUCACAUAUAAAGGGAUUGAUUAUCAACUUUUUGGAAACCUCAUUUCCCGGUUUGCUUGAUAUUCCUGGAUUUUUGCUUGAGUUUAUUACGCCAAUCGUCAAGGUAACUGUAAAAGGUCGCGGUGCCAAAAAGGUGAUUCCAUUUUAUAGCAUGCCGGAGUUUGAAGCGUGGAGAGAUGGAGAAGGACAAACGUGCCGCUGGACUCAAAAGUACUACAAGGGGUUGGGUACUUCAACACCAAUGGAAGCACGAGAGUAUUUCACGGCCUUGGAUAAGCACUUGAAGCGAUUCCACGCGUUGCAAGGCGAAGAUAGCAACUACAUUGAUUUGGCAUUUUCGAAAAAGAAGGCCGAUGAACGAAAAGAAUGGUUGCAAAACUUUGUUCCUGGAAACCAGUUGAACCCUGAAUUGAAUGAAAUACCUAUAAGUGAAUUUAUCAAUAAGGAAUUGAUUUUGUUCUCCAUGUCUGACAAUAUCAGAUCUAUCCCGUCUGUACUAGAUGGGUUGAAGCCAGGUCAAAGAAAAGUAUUGUUUGGUUGUUUCAAGAGAAAUCUCAAGAGUGAAAUCAAGGUUGCGCAAUUGGCGGCAUAUGUAAGUGAAAACACUGGAUACCACCAUGGUGAGGUUUCAUUGGUGCAAACAAUCAUUGGGCUUGCGCAGAACUUUGUGGGAUCAAACAACGUCAACAUUUUAAAACCAAAUGGUGCGUUCGGUUCGAGGGCAACUGGUGGUAAGGACGCUGCUGCUGCGAGAUAUAUCUUUACCGAGUUGAAUGAAAUUACCAAGGCAAUUUUCAACCCAUUGGAUAAUCCGAUCUAUAACUACGUGCAAGAUGACGAGCAGACUGUUGAACCACAGUGGUAUUUACCGGUCUUGCCCAUGAUUUUGGUCAAUGGGGCAGAAGGUAUUGGAACUGGGUGGUCAACCAACAUCCCUUCUUUUGACCCAAAGGACAUCGUUGCCAAUUUAAAGAGACUUAUGAAUAAUGAACCAUUGGAAGAGAUGACGCCGUGGUACAAAGGAUGGGAAGGUGAUAUUGAGCCUAUGGGACAACAAAAGUACAAGAUUAGCGGUAGGGUUGAACAAAUUGAUAACAAUACAGUUGAAAUUACUGAAAUCCCAGUAAAGACUUGGACCAACACUGUUAAGGAAUUCUUAUUGGCUGGGUUUGGUAACGAAAAGACACCUGCCUGGAUCAAAGAUAUGGAGGAACAUCAUACGACAUCGAUCAAAUUUAUUGUUAAAUUGAGCGAUGCCGAAAUGGAAAAAGCAUUGAAGGUUGGGUUAUUGGAGAAGUUCAAGUUGGUUUCGUCGGUAAGUUUGGCCAAUAUGGUUGCUUUUGAUCCGUAUGGAAGAAUUAAAAAGUACAACAAUGUGUUUGAAAUCUUGAAAGAUUUUUACUAUGUCCGUUUAGAAUAUUACGAAAAAAGAAAGAACCACAUGCUUGAGAUGUUGCAGCGGAAGUUGUUGAUGAUUUCUGAGCAAGCGAGAUUUGUGAAAAUGAUUAUUGAGAAGGAGUUGUCGGUGGCAAACAAAAAGAAGAAAGACUUGAUUGAAUUGCUCGGGCAGCGAGAUUUCACCAAGUUUACCAAGGACGGUAAGCCAGUUGAAUCAAAGGGUGCCAAUGUGUUUAUCGAUGAAAAUGACUCAGAAGAGGAGAUAGAAAACGAAGGUGAUGUUUCGGCAUUGAACUUGAAGAGAACUGAGGAUCGUGUUGAAGGAGAGCACAAACCAGAUACAAUCUUUUCAUCGUAUGAUUACUUGUUGGGAAUGACAAUCUGGUCCUUGACGCACGAACGGUAUGUCAAACUUUUGAAUGAAAAGUCCGGCUUGCAAAAGGAAUUGGAGAUAUUGAUUGGCAAAUCGGCGGUUGAUUUGUGGAAUCAGGAUUUGGAUGCGUUUAUGAGAGAGUAUGAGUUGUUUUUGGCGAAAGAUGCUGAGGAAAGAGAGCAUUUGUCAAGCAGUGGGAACAAGAAAAAGACAAGAAAGAGGAAAACAGUCAAGUCUGAAUCUGAACCGAUAAAAAAGGUAAAGGUCGAACAAACUGCGCUGGGUGGCCCACUGAAAACAGUUGCUAAACCCAAACAGCCAAAAGUCAAUUCAACUAACGUAGAGGAGGUCUCUACGCCAACAACUUCAUCAACUCCAGUGCCAAACGAAACAAUGGUGAAAAAGGAACCAAGCGACAUUCUUUCAUUUUUUUCUCCUUCAAGUAAGUCCCAAACAAAAGCAAAAGCGACUAGUCAGCCUCCUAAAUCUACAAAGCCCGCCAGACCUGUUGCUAGUUCGAUCUUUGAUUUAGAUUCAGAUGAUGACAUUUUUGAAGUGAGUAGUAGUAGCAAAGAUGUCGAAACAUCCAAGAGCACCACUUCUAACUCAAAGCCAAAGCCAAAGCCAAAGCCAAAGCCAAAGCCAAAACAACAUGUAUUGGAUGAGUUGGACGACUUGGACAUGUUGGGCGAUAAACCACAGAUGUUGGAAAGUAGAAGACGCUCAAGUAGACCACCAGCAAGAGCGAAAACAGUUAGUGUGUUCAGUGAUGAUGAUGAUGAUGAAAAUGAUGGUGCAAUUGCUGAUAACACAAGUGACGCAGUUGAGAUUGACGAAGACGACGACGACGACGACGACGACGAAUAUGAGGAUGAAUAA